AUGGACAGCCCCUGGAACCGCAGCGACGGCGCGGAGGGCGCACCGCUGCCCUGUGACGAGCGCCUCUGCUCGCCCUUUCCCCUGGGGGCGCUGGUGCCGGUGACCGCCGUGUGCCUCGGUCUGUUCGCCGUCGGGGUGAGCGGCAACGUGGUGACGGUGCUGCUGAUCGGGCGCUACCGGGACAUGCGGACCACCACCAACCUGUACCUGGGCAGCAUGGCCGUGUCCGACCUGCUCAUCCUGCUCGGGCUCCCCUUCGACCUGUACCGCCUCUGGCGCUCGCGGCCCUGGGUGUUCGGGCAGCUGCUCUGCCGCCUCUCGCUCUACGUGGGCGAAGGCUGCACCUACGCCACGCUGCUGCACAUGACGGCGCUCAGCGUCGAGCGCUACCUCGCCAUCUGCCGCCCGCUCCGCGCCCGCGUCCUAGUCACCCGGCGCCGCGUCCGCGCACUCAUCGCGGCGCUCUGGACAGUGGCGCUGCUCUCCGCAGGGCCCUUCUUCUUUCUGGUGGGCGUCGAGCAGGACCCCGGCAUCGACGCCGUCCCGGACCUUAACGGCAGCGCGCCGCUCAUCCCCUCGCCCCGCACCUGGCCACCGCCGUCGCCCCUCGGGGCCUCGCUGGCGCCACCGCUGUCCCCGCCGUCGGGGCCCGAGGCCGCGGAGGUCGCGGCCGCCGCGGCGCUGUUCAGUCGCGAGUGCCGGCCGAGCCCGUCUCAGAUGGGCGCGCUGCGCGUCAUGCUGUGGGUCACCACCGCCUACUUCUUCCUGCCCUUUCUGUGCCUCAGCGUCCUCUACGGGCUCAUCGGGCGGGAGCUGUGGAGGAGCCGGGGCCCGCUGCGAGGCCCAGCCGCCUCCGGGCGCGAGAAGGGCCACCGGCAGACGGUCCGCGUCCUGCUGGUGGUGGUUCUGGCAUUUGUAGUUUGCUGGUUGCCUUUUCACGUGGGCAGGAUCAUUUACAUAAAUACGGAAGAUUCUCGGAUGAUGAACUUCUCUCAGUACUUUAACAUUGUUGCUUUGCAACUUUUCUAUCUGAGUGCAUCCAUCAACCCGAUCCUCUACAACCUCAUUUCAAAGAAGUACAGAGCAGCGGCCUGGAAACUGCUGCUGGCCAGACAGUCCAGACAGAGAAGUUUCUGCAGAAGCAGGGACAUGGAGGGGGACACAGGAGGAGAUACUGCUGGCUACACGGAGCCGAGCACCAAAGUACAGACGUCAUCGACCAGCAUGGCCAAGCAAGUGGCUUCCUCCCCCAACGCGGGGACUUCAGGGAAAACAGGUCUGUAG